AUGCUUAAAAGCUUAAGCUCUAGAAAAAGUUCUUACAGUAGAUCUCCGAAGCAUCUUUUACUACCUUCCAUAACUCCUAAAAGUGUCCGAGGCAGCUUCCAAGUAGAAGAUCCUCAUUUUUCCCAAUUAUCAACCUUUGCAGGACGUGAAAUAAGGCUAAAAUCAUCAUAUGCUACCAAAGAAAUUUUACGAAGGAGAUCUAUAAACUUAUCAGCCGAAGACAAAAUUAAUUCUCGAUCAAACUCGCCUAAACCUAGGAGAAAAAAUAUGAACUCUCAAUUGCCGUCUAUAAAGGAAUAUUUAGAAAAACUACAAAAAACUGAUAAUGAUAAACAAAAGACUGAUAAUGUCACUUCUGCUUCGGUUCAAGUUAAAAAGUCAGUCUCGCGAAUACGAAAAUUAAUAAGUCAUUGCUAUACACCUGCAUAG